AGCUAUCGUCUCCUCCGCCGCUGUCGGACAUUUUCCGAGAGUGUGAACAACAAUCGGUCGUAGACUGGACAGUGAACAAAGAAACGAGACAGAGUGGAGAGACCUCAACUGGAGUUCCCGCGGAAGACGUGGGGAAUCCUCACUGAAAAUGCCGCACAAGGGGAAAAAAGACAAGGAAUCUUCCAAGCACGGUAAAUCAAGCAGAUCUGGAGGCAAAAACGGACAGUCAAAUGACCAAGAGGGCUCCAGUAAGAAGGUGCCCCCCACGGCCCAGCUUCUGAGGGUGAAACCGCCGGGCUCCCAUUCAGCCCUAAAGAAGGACAGGAGGCUGAGUGCGUCCUGUUUCCCACUCAGCCAGAACAGGGAGCUACAGAACCUGGCUGCUCUUGCAGAUGUGGCCCCUGCAGAGCAAGAGAAGCUGUUUAUUCAGAAACUCCGUCAGUGCUGUGUCCUCUUCGACUUCCUGUCCGACCCUCUGAGCGAUCUGAAAUGGAAGGAGGUGAAGCGGGCGGCGCUGAGCGAGAUGGUGGAGUACAUCACCCACAACAGGAACGUCAUCACAGAGCCCAUCUACCCAGAGGUGGUGCACAUGUUUGCUGUGAACAUGUUCAGGACGUUGCCUCCUUCGUCCAACCCCACAGGGGCAGAGUUUGACCCAGAGGAGGAUGAACCCACUCUGGAGGCAGCCUGGCCGCACCUUCAGCUUGUCUACGAGUUUUUCCUCAGAUUUCUAGAAUCUCCCGACUUUCAACCUAACAUAGCUAAGAAGUACAUCGACCAGAAAUUUGUAAUGCAGCUUCUGGAUCUUUUUGACAGUGAAGACCCCCGGGAGAGAGACUUCCUGAAGACCACCCUCCACAGGAUCUACGGGAAGUUCCUGGGCCUGAGAGCCUACAUCAGGAAACAGAUCAAUAACAUCUUCUAUAGGUUUAUCUAUGAAACGGAACACCAUAAUGGUAUAGCUGAGCUGCUGGAGAUACUGGGAAGUAUAAUCAAUGGGUUUGCCUUACCACUGAAAGAAGAGCACAAGAUCUUCCUGCUGAAGGUCCUAUUGCCUCUGCACAAAGUCAAAUCACUCAGUGUUUAUCAUCCACAGCUGGCCUACUGUGUGGUGCAGUUUCUAGAGAAGGACAGCACUCUCACUGAACCGGUGGUGAUGGCCCUGCUGAAGUACUGGCCAAAGACCCACAGCCCCAAGGAGGUGAUGUUCCUCAAUGAGCUGGAGGAGAUCCUGGAUGUCAUUGAGCCGUCCGAGUUUGUCAAGGUCCAGGAGCCACUCUUCAGACAGCUCGCCAAGUGUGUCUCCAGCCCACAUUUCCAGGUGGCAGAAAGAGCUCUAUACUACUGGAACAACGAGUACAUCAUGAGUCUGAUCAGUGACAACGCAGCCAAGAUCCUGCCCAUCAUGUUCCCCGCUCUGUACCGCAACUCCAAGACACACUGGAACAAGACCAUCCAUGGCCUCAUUUACAAUGCUCUGAAGCUUUUCAUGGAGAUGAACCAGAAGCUGUUUGAUGACUGCACACAACAGUUCAGGGCAGAGAAGAAUAAAGAGAAGGCAAAGUCGAAAGAGCGAGAAGAAGCGUGGAUCAAGAUUGAGAACCUUGCCAAGUCCAACCCCCAGCUCCUUGUGUAUGUUGAUUCCUCUGACCUCAAUAGUCCGGUAGCUAUGGAGACGGAGUUUGGCUUGAUAGAAGAUGUUGAGGGGUUAAAACAGACAAUUAAAGAUGGAGCCACUCAGCUCCAGAGGGAUCAGAGGAAGGAGCGUCCGUUAGUGCGCAGGAAGUCGGAGCUGCCUCAGGACAUCUACACCGCCAAGGCCUUGGAGUCACACCGCCGCGCCGAAGACAUGAUCACCCCCCAGGACGGAAUUUAAGCCCUGUCUUUCUCCUGGCCCUGCCCCCGCACUCCGGCUCCAUGCAGAGGUUUACCCUGCAUGGAGGGAUGCACAACUGCCCUUUUCUCUAAGUCCUGCCCUCUCUCUUACCUCUCCCCCUGCCUGGCCCCCCCCUUGGUCCAUCACCACCUACCCUCCUCCUCCCAUAGACACACACACCUGUGAACCCCCCCUCCCCCAUCCAUCAACACAGUUGUCACAAUCAUCUGCUUUCUCAGGUGUUUUUAUUUAGACGGGGGAAGGAAAAUAAUUCCCUGUCUUUAUCUUCUGUCUCUACUCUCUCUACUCUCUCUCUUUCUCUCUCUCUCUCUCUCUCUCUCUCUUUAUCUGUCUCUCCUUCUCUGUUUAGCUGCAUUUUCAUUUCCCCCCCAUUCCUCUGCACACCAUUCUGUAUUCUCCAUCUUCCCUUCCUACUUGCCCUGGGCUCACCACAGCAAUGGAGAGCACAGACCACUGGGUCCAGCCCCUGUGGCAGGGGCUUGGUUAAGGACAGAGAGCUGAGCAGAGAUGGCUGGCUGGCUGGAGAGGCUCCACCGGUGUCCUUUCAAAGGGAAGAAACUCAUAACAGAGACUGGCAGUUGAAAGAUAAGACCUUCUGCUCAUCCUCCUUUUUCUCUCUCCCAUUUUUUGUGUGUCUUUUUUUGUUCUUCACUCAAUCCCAGGGACAUCUUGUGAGUGCCAAGACUUUGUUGUGUUCUUUUAUCUCUGUCUUCAUGUUUCUCCAUUUCUCUGCGAUGUCAGCAGAGACUCAAGGCUGACAAGCUGGACACUUGUGUCUGUUAGCUGCCUUGUUCUGGGCUUCUGAGAUCUCUACAAUGCUCUUCUCAGCACACUGAGGCUAGCCCUGCUGACCUGCUCUAAUGGUUCCUAGUGUCUAUGGGAAAAAGGGUGGAGGAGGAGGGGAGGGGAAGGGACGAGGAGAAGGAGAGAAGGGCGGAGAGAGGACACUGUUGUCUGUGGUCACAGUUAGGGGUGACUCUCUAAAUUUGUGCCAUAUGCAGCUUCCUCUCUUCACCCCUUGGUUGACUGUGAACCAGAGGACAGAAUCUCAUUGGGAGUCAGAGGUCCGACAGAUUAAUCUCAUUGGCUGUCUGUGAGCCUGAGGACAAACUGAGGGAUGGUGGCAGUUCAAACAAUGGUACCUCGUUCACACAGAGAAGCAGUCUGGCAUCAGGAACUAGGAUUGGCCCAGCUCAGUUCAGUUCACCUCUGCUCAGCUCAGCUUGCAGGAAGGGUGUUAAGGGGAAUGAGAGGGUUGUGAGUAAAUAGCGACAUCUCUCUUCCAUCCCCAGAAAUCCCUCUCUCUCUCUCUCUCUGUCUCUGAGACACCAGAGUGCCUUUGCUGUCAGGAGGAAGGAGAGAGGAACACACCCUAUUCAUUAGAACCAGAUGCAUACACACAAAAGCAGUCACAUGUAUACACGCACGCACACACAUACACACACACACACACAAGCAACUCAACACAAAGUUAACUGAACUACCUAAAAAGCACUUCCUGAAAACUUGAAAGUUGUGGCAUGUUCGUGUAUCUUUAAUGAAGUUCUUUAAUGUCUGGUCCAGUUUAUGUGUUCAGUCUACUCUCUCAGCUAGUUAUAACUCAGUGGAGGGUGUAAGGACCCCCAGUACUUGUACGCGUCUUAUAUGUACCAUUGUUUGAACGUCAUGAAUCUGGUUUGUUUUUUUAACAUUCUAGUUCUUCUCUGGUAUGGGUUCUCACAUUCUCUCUACUUGUUUGGUCUGGAGUUUUACAUUCUAGGUCUUCUAUACAUGCUUUCUGGCUCCUGGAGACUGCAAUCCCAGAUGGCAGUUUUAGAGUUGCCUCGGCCAAUGAAAAAGGUUGAUACAAAAACAUGGCCAAUGAAAGAGGCCAAUACUGAAACAAAGUGACAUCAAAGUGUGGCUUGAUAACUAUAUUAAAACUGUAUUUGCUUGAAUGCAAAAGAUGUAAAUGAUACUACCAUGUUAAACAUGUCUCUUGUUUCCCUGGAAGAAUAGAAUUCACCAAACGUUUUUCCUCUCCAUUAAAAAAAUCCUAGUUUUUAUAAAAUAGUACUGCUUGGAAAAAAUGUUUUAUCAGUUUGAGUUUUGUUUUUGUCCAGAGCUGUUGUGGAUUGUUUUCUUGUUGAGAAAUAAACUACCCAUAUAACAGGAAACAGAGAAAAACUGUUUUGGUGACUGUUUUUCUCUGUUUUUCUCACUCUUGAUUGCUUGGAUGCAGCUUAUUUGCAGCUUUUUAGGUUUAACAUGUCAUUUCCAAACUAUGAUAAAUUAACAAGUGUCCUUUUGUAUGUGACCUGUACUAUAUGGCUUCCUUUAAUAUUGUACAUAUGAUUUACUUUGUUUUAUGUAGUGUGAUAUAUCUAGAUUAAUUUUGUACAAAAUGGUCUGUACAGAAUAAAAAUACCAUAGCAACCGAAA